GGUGGUGCCAGUGGAAUUGGUCGGGCUGUCUGUCAAGCUUUAGCCACAGAAGGAGCCGGCAUCAUUGUAACAGAUGUAAACAGUCAAGGGACUCAGGAAACACUAGACAGCUUAUCACAACAUGCCAGCUUAAAACACAAAAACUAUUCUUUAGACGUGUCAAGUGGAGAGGAAAUACAUAAGGUGUUAGAGUAUAUUAUAAGCGGGUAUAAGAAGCCACCGUGCAUUUUAGUCAAUUCUGCUGGCAUCACUAGUGAUGAAUUCUUACUGAAAAUGGAUGAGGAAAAGUUUGAUAAAGUCAUUAAAGUCAAUCUCAAGGUGAGUGGCUUUUGA